CAGCCCUCGGCCCGUCUCUGAUAGGGAGCGGCCCGGCUAUUUAAUGAGUGACAGCUCGACACCCCGCUCACACGGGAGCGCUCUGGGAGCCAGUUUGAGCCGCGGCUAGCGUGUGGGGCUGCUGCCGGCUGCAGGCGGGCACUGCGCUGAUAUUGCUGGGUGGCGGCUUAGCUCCUCCUGCUCUCGGCCAGAUAGCUUCAUACUGAGGUCAUGAUGUUCUUCUGACGGCAGCUCCAGUCUCUGUGCCUGGGGGUUUGUGUAAGUGGAAUACAUUUGCAAUAGUUCAGAUGGAUCAUCAUUAAAUACUAGACUGUAAGCUGAGUGAAGCCAGAAUCAAAAUGACUAAGUACAAACUUGUUCUGUUAAGACACGGAGAAGGAGCCUGGAACAAAGAGAACCGCUUUUGCAGCUGGGUGGAUCAGAAGCUGAGCAGCAAUGGGAUAAAGGAAGCUCGGAACUGUGGGAAACACCUCAAAGCGCUAGGUUUUCAGUUUGACCAGGUGUUUACAUCCAUCCUAAGCCGUUCUAUUCAGACUGCUUGGCUGGUGUUAGAAGAGAUGGGGCAAGAAUGGGUUCCCACCCAAAGUUCAUGGCGUCUGAAUGAACGCCACUACGGUGCACUGAUAGGUCUCAACAGAGCAGAAAUGGCUCUGAACCAUGGUGAAGAGCAAGUGAAAAUAUGGAGAAGAAGCUAUGAUGUUACUCCACCUCCCAUAACUGAAUCUCAUCCUUACUACAAAGAGAUCUAUGAUGAUCGCAGAUAUAAAUGCUGUGAUGUGUCGCAGGACAAACUCCCAAUGGCUGAAAGCUUAAAAGAAGUUCUGGAGAGACUCCUUCCUUAUUGGAAUGAAAAGAUAGCACCAGAACUGAAAAGCGGCAAAGUGAUCCUUAUAUCUGCUCAUGGAAACAGCACGAGGGCACUGCUCAAGCAUCUGGAAGCUCCCAAGUUCCCCAAAGACGUCUCUCUGCAGUGUCCAGUCCCUCUUCCUGGACACUCACAAAAAGGUAUUGUGUUUGCUGCCUCAAAAGAGGGCCCAUCAGCCUGUCAGGUGAGCUGGAGACACGUACUUCACUUCAGUGUAACAGCACGGCAUCUCCGAUGAGGAUAUAGUUAAUGUUACCCUCCCCACUGGCGUGCCUGUGCUCCUUGAACUCGAUGAGAAUCUGCGCCCUCUUGGCCGUCACCAGUUUCUAGGUGAUCAAGAGGCUAUCCAAGCUGCCAUCAGAAAAGUGGAAGAUCAAGGGAAAGUCCAACCUGUUGAGAAGAAAUAACGCUUCCAGAUGCUGCCCCCACUCCCUUGUGUGUUUGUGUGUGUGUGGUAAUAAGUAGUGCUUUGUGAGUGUUAAGUUGCACUUUGUGAGCUUGUUAAUUUUAAAUAUUAAUUAGGAGCGCUAGUUAUGCGUUCGGUUAGUAGAGCAGCCUUUCACCUUUGGUGACUAGAAUUCAAAUCCCUGUGUGGAUUACAGGUGAAGAGGAGGUGGCUGAUUUCAUCCUAAGCGGUAGUAAGGACACCAUAAAAUUGCAACAGAGUCUGCCACAAAUCUUUGCUCAAGAAAGGCCCAAGCCAGCAAUAUGGUAGGGUAUAUUACAGGUCAGGAUUAAGAAGUAUUGGCAGAGCUCUGUGGGGAAAGCUUGCACUGCAGGACACCUGGCUCCCAGUAACAUUUGAAGUCGCUCACUUUCACAAGCACUAAAUACUUACUUUUUGCAAACUGGGAGCAUUAGGUAGUAAAGUGCCAGUUAGAUUGUUCUUUACUGGGAGACCUGUUAAGAAGCCUGUGGCACUAGCAUAUACAUUACAGGCAGUUCUCUGUUCGUCUUAUUGCAGUGACGCUGCUGUGGUUGAGAGUGCACUUUUGCUAGCAGCUCAUUUUUGAAGUACAAAAAAGUAUCUUGUGGCUUGACUCUUCCAAGGCUAGUUCUUGUUCCAGAAGAAGCGCAAUCCUACUAAUCACACAAGGGAGUGGGGUGUGCUUGGAAGAAGUAGUCUCUCUACCAUUCCCCCUUCACCUUGCUUUCAAAACCAGUUUUUAGGGCUAAAUUCUGCUAGGUUGCACCAGUGAUAGGUGAAGGAUGGCCCAGUGGUUGGGGCACUGGCCUGGGAUGAGGGGAAACCAGGUUCAACUCCCUACUCUGCCACAGACUUUGUGUGACCUUGGACAAGUCACUUAGCCUCUCUGGGUAUGUUGACACAGGCCACAGCAGCGAGCCUUCUGGGUCAACAGACACGGGCUUAAGCUAGUGCUCUAAAAAUAGCUCUGUAGACAGCACUUGGAAGGGGUGGCUUGGGCUCUGAAGCCUUGGGAGAAGGGUUAGAGUGCUAGUGUAAGCCCUGCUAGAUUGAGUCUGUCAGCCCAGGCUGGGAAGCUUGCUUCUGCAGGCUGUGUAUACCAUACCCGUAGUGCCUCAGUUCCCAUCUGUGAAAUGGGGCUCCCAGAGAGGAGGCGGGCACCCCUGUGAUAAAACCACCCAUUGAAAUGACACUCCUGCAACCAGGUUGUUCAUGGGAUAUGUACACAUGCAUGCACACCCAUGUAAACCUAGUGGGAUUUCACUGAUGUAACUCAGCAGACUUUAGCCCUCAAAACAAGGAGCACAAAGAGGUUAGUGCAUGAACAGAACUUCAGACUUGUCAUGGACUUAGCCCUUAAUUAGAACAAGUAACCCGGAUAGGUUUCAGGCGCUUAACAGCAUCUACAGGCUUGAUCCAACUCCCAUUAGUCACUGAUAACACUGACUUGACUUGAAUAGGGCGUGAUCCAAACCUUUGAAAUUCCCCACUUCCACCACUCUGUGGCACUCCAGAUAAGGGCUAGAGAGUGGUCUCCACUGAACUGUUUACAAACAUUUUUGCAAGUGAGAUUACCACGGUGUUACCAAAAUUAACUCCUUGCAGGAGCCAAUACUGAAGAGAUUGUAAUGGUGAGUAGUGUAUGUAUGUGCAGUGCUACUCCAGGAAAUAAAUACAGCUGUUUCAUUGUGUGAUCCUAUAAACAGUAGAGAACAUUAAAAUUUACUUCCGAGUUCAUUCCGGUGAACCUCUUAUCACUAUUACCUACUGCAGUGUGUGGUGUCUUAAUUUCCUUUUUAAAAACCAAAAAAACCCAACUUUAUGCUUGGGGUUUUUUUUACAGGCACUCUUGUCAGGAAAUUCCACGUUAUGAACCUUACUCUAGUUUCUCUUGUGCUGAUGUAAAACCGUUGUAGCUUAAAUCUGAAUCCGUCCCAGUAACUGAACUCUUUCAGUGGUCCAAAUUCCGCCCUCCGUUGCACAUAGGCCCCACUGACUUCAAUGGAAAUUGCAUGUGCCUAUUUGAAGGCAGAAUUUUGCCCUUCGUUUUUCAGUGCAGCCAACCUAUGACUGCUGAGGGAACAACUGUGAAUUCCCUGAGUGCAAUGCCUGUAAAAAUCUCACAUGGAGCUGUUUGCAGUGAGUGGCUUGUUUUAAUUGGAUUUUUAUAGGUUCAAGAAAAUGACUGCCUCCUGGCGAAUCGAGCAGCCUUGCACUUCUUUAGCACUCUGACUUUCAGAGCAUAGUAGUAGUUUGUGUCACUAAAGCAUGCUGAUUGUAACAGACCAUAUUGCUCGGUAUCUUUCCUUUACAUGAAUGGCAUUUGGACUCCUAGGGUUUUUUGUUUGUUUGUUUCUAUUACACUUGCAAAAGGGGGCUGGUUGCAGUCUCUUCUGUUUUUAAGAUUGUUUCUCUUUCUAACAUAUGAAGUCACAGUUUACUUUAAUCCUCAAAUGUAUUGUGCACUAGACGAGAACCUCUAUGCAAUCCCCUAUUCUUGUGACAUUGAUAAGCAACCUACAGCCUGAUGUAUGGUUUUUUUGUAUAUAUUAUUCAUCUGUAUAUGGUGUUUGAGUCAUAAAUGAUCUCCUCCACAGUAGCAUCAGUACGUUGGCUGCCGAUCAGUGAAUGUUCACUUUCCAGAGCCUUACUGAAGAGCUCCAUCACUAACAGGGCUGUCUCUUUGGUGUGACAACUGACACUAGCGCUGGUAAAGACAUUCAUGAAGCAGCACUACCACCGACUUCAGCAGGAGUGGAGUCCCUCAUCCGUAUGCUUUGAGAUGAACUUAGGGGUCUGAACAUGGUGUGGGGGAGUGAAAAGAAAUAUGGGUAAUCUAGUAUUUUUUGUAGAGAAUAAUUAGUAUAGUUUUGCAACCAAGACUACCAGCACCACUUGCUGCCCUCCGCUAUAUACACACAACUCCCAUUGACCACCCUGGGAUCCAUGGACAUGGAGCUGAGGCCAGAGCAUGGCUCUUGGCUGUUUACCAUACUGCAAUGCCAAAGCAGUGCAACAUAGGAAUUUUUGAGAACUGGAGAUGCUGUAGCUACAGUGUAAUGCUCAGAAUGCUGAUAAAUAAGCCAGACUGCGCGGGCGUUUCACAUAACAUAAGGGCAGGUCUAGAUAUCAGUGUCUCAUGCUCUCCCGCAGAAGGGAAAGGAGCACUGAUCUUAGGAACACCUGACCUUUAAGUAGAAGGGUUGGAAGGAAAGUGCUGAGUAAAUGUUCAGAAGCCUUAGGUUCAGCAGCCAGCCAAGCGGGGCAAAUCGAAAAUGGUUUCAAAUGGAACUUGUUUUUUUUGUUUUGUUUUUUUUUUGCAAUGCUCUUAACUCAAGAGGCAGUGGUGUAGUGCAGCAGGAAGUUGGACUGCAGUUGUUUGGGCUGAGACUCCAUUUGAUGACAAAGCAGCUCGCCAAGGUUCAGUACCCAUGCUCUUCAGCAUUGCCAGCGCAGGGAGCAACAGACCGAGACCUUGAUCUUCUCCUGGGGGCUAUAAAAUGCCCCUCAAUAGGGGGAAGAAUUGGAGGCCCAAGCCAGGCGUUUCUGAGCACUUACCAGCACUGGUCUCUUGGCAUCCUUUGUAACUAUAUCAUUGAUGCACAAUGGGGGAUGGGGGGUGCAUACUUGAGGACAGAAGCCAGCAUUCAUGGGCAAGGGGGCCUGAUCUACAGGCUCUGUUAUCUUACAGCAAAGGGAUGGAUGAGAAGCAGCCUAGUGACCCGUCCCAAUCCAUGAUUAGAAGAUGAAUUUUCCCUUGAUCGAGCUUAAGAGCUCUGGAAAUAAUACAGCAUUUCCACAGCUGACGACAUAGGCAUGGUUGGUUUGCUUAUGUGUUUGGAAUGUGUGGUUUGUUGUGUGAUCCUGUUGAGAACACUUGUAAAUAUUUACUUGUAGAGUUGGCAAAUUCUUUAAAAUUCAAUAAACCAUCUGAAAUACAACUUUAAAA